GUGCAUAAAUUUAUGUGUGUACAUUAUUUCUGGGAUAAAUUUGUUUAUUUGGGGAAGGUGAAGAUGCCAAGCUGUGAGGUGGGUAAGUACCAAAACGAAGAAGAUGUUGCUCAGAACAAUGGGAUCACGAUCUUCUAUCGGACUUAUGGCCAGGGACCAGUUAAGGUCCUCAUGAUCAUUGGUUUGGCUGGGACGCACGAUUCAUGGCUUCCGCAAAUCCAAGAGCUCGCCGGAACGGUGACUCCCAAUGACUCCGAGUCGCCAUCCGGCGACGGAGGUGGAAAUGGAAACGUCGAGGUUUGUGCUUUUGACAAUCGUGGAAUGGGUUUGAGCUCCGUGCCCAUUGAGAAAGGCCAAUACACAACAAGAAUCAUGGCAAAAGAUGCAAUAGCUCUGAUGGAUCAUUUAGGUUGGGAAAAAGCACAUGUAUUUGGCCAUUCAAUGGGAGCUAUGAUUGCUUGCAAGUUGGCUGCAAUGGUACCUAACAGAAUUUUGUCAUUGGCUUUACUGAAUGUAACAGGUGGAGGUUUCCAGUGCAUACCAAAGUUUGACCGUCGAACUUUGUCAAUUGCUGUCCGUUUUCUCAAGGCAAAAACUCCUGAACAAAGGGCUGCUGUUGAUCUCGACACCCACUUUUCAAAGGAAUUUCUCGAGGAAUAUGUAGGAACCAGUACACGCAGAGCAAUAUUGUAUCAAGAAUAUGUGAAAGCUAUAUCAGCAACAGGAAUGCAGUCAAAAUAUGGAUUGGACGGUCAGAUCAAUGCUUGCUGGACCCACAAGUUAUCCAAGAAGGAGUUGGAAUCCAUUUGCUCCGCCGAGUUUCCUAUUUCCAUCAUCCAUGGGAGGGAUGAUGUUAUUGCCCAAUUAUGCCAUGCGCGAGCACUUGCAGUGAAGUUAUACCCUUUUGCUAGAAUGGUGGAACUUCAUGGAGGCCAUCUUGUCAGUCAUGAAAGGACUGAAGAGGUAAAUGAAGCACUUCUUCAGCUGAUCAAAGCUUCGGAAAGCAAGAUUAAUGCAUUAGAGUGGACGAAUUUGUCCAUGGAAACUACCGGGUGGAAAAUGAUUCGGUUGUCAAUUACCAGACCGAACGGUUUAUCUUUUGUUUUCUUUUACAUCAUAGAAAGGCUCCAAGUCUUUCUUCUCUUCAUUUUCAGCCUUUUCCUACUAUCAUUUGAACACAUGAGAAGAGCUAUUAAAAGCGUCGUAAAACCCGCAAAAAUUGGAGCCACCCUCACAUGAAGAAGCACCCAAGAAGAGCUAUUAUAACGAUGGUAACUUUUUUCAAUUGUUUAUCCCUUUGCAAGGGAGUUUUGUCGUUUUUACCAUCCCCUUCCCUCGGGGAACUUAUUCGCACAUGUGUUUUAGAGAAUUGUUGAUGAUCACAAUGUAAUUGUACAUGAUGAAAAAUUGGAACCGCACUCGUGUGAAUUGGCAAUGAAUGGAACAACGUAAGAAAUAAUAACGAAUAUCGCGGGGAAGGCCUAAGGGCUAGGUCGACUGAACAUAAUCGCCAAAUCGGAAAACUGCCGAUAGAGUGACGCCGUCGCCGCCAGAGUCCAGACGCCGCUGGGCGCCACGCCACCAGCCUCCAGGUAUUCCGUAUG